AUGGCUCAGACUGGGUCAAUCCUCGAACAGGGCGUGCCUCUAGGCCGAACAACUGUCCCCCAGGCCAAUGGUCUACCUCCCAGCGAAGACGAAGAUGCUGCCAAACUAUCUGCUUGGGCAGAUAAGUACCGUGGUGCAACAGUCGCCGACCUAGAUCUUCCUCCCGCGUUGUCUACAUCUCCAAACACAUCACUCGCCGAUGCCAUGCUAUCAGCCUCCUCCCACGACUAUUCUCACCUGACCGUCCUUUCUGACAAUACAAGGUCCCUGUUGGGCUACCUAUCAGUCUCCAGGCUUAAGCAGCUGUUUGAGUCAGGCCAAUUACAACCUUCAGAUCACGUCUCCAAAGCCAUGGUCAAAUUCCAGCGGGGAGGAGAUAGGAAAUACCAGAUCAUUACAAUGGAGACUGAAUUAUUCGAGUUGGAAGGGUUCUUUGAGAACAUCGGACCAUUUGCAACAGGUGCCAGACAGGACUUCGCCGUAGUCACAGAUGGUGGCAGAAAGUUUGUGCUCGGCGUCGUCACCAGAAGCGAUUUGGAGGAAUUCGUCAAAAGAAGACCCGCCUAA